AAAAAUUAGUUGCUUUUGACUGACUGAAACGUUAAUCCGUGAACAGAUGGUUAACUUUCUUUUGGGACGUUUCACAAAUUUCGUUAAGACGUGUUUAGGAAAAUGACAUACCUCACAACUUGGGAAGAAUUUGCAAAGGCAGCGGAAAAGCUAUAUUUAAUUGAUCCUACUCGGUGCCGAUUUACAAUAAAAUAUCGCCAUUGUGAUGGAAAGCUUGUUCUGAAGAUGACAGAUGAUAGAGUGUGUUUACAGUAUAGAACAGAACAUGCUCAGGAUGUGAAGAAGCUAGAGAAAUUGACAAGUCAGUUGAUGAGGCAUAUGGCAUCAAAGGAAAAGUGAAAACUAUUUAGCUGGAAAUGAAAACUCAUGAUGGAUUGUGCUAGAAUACAUCCUACUAGUAUUUUGAGUAUGAAGGUGAAAUGUGCAAUGAAGACAAAUUCGGCUGGAAUUGUUAUCAGCAUAUUCAGUUAUCAGUAAAUUACCAAACAAACAUGGUAAAAGCUUUUUGUUUUCUUCUCCGUGUAUUACAGCAUUUUGACAUUUGUAAAUAAAUUAUUUAAAAAUUA